UAACUACUUCCGAACCCUGAUUAAAAGUGAUUAAAAGACUAUUGAUUCAUUCAUUCAAAACAAAAAAUAGUGUGACUCAAGUGAAACUAUGAUUGAAAAACUAGUAUUUUUAUAUUAUUAAAUUAUUUAAAAAUGAAGAAACUCACUGGAUCGUUCCGUUACACACAAUGGGAUCCCUGGCUGAUAAUAUCCCAAAUAAUAUCAGUGCAAUGUAUACUUUAUUUAACUUUAGGGUUUCUCUUGGUUGUGCUAGGCUCUUUAGUCGGAGAUACACGAACUCUGGAUCACAUAUUUGAAUAUCACGAGAUUCAAGUUCGAGAUACUGGCGGCAGAAUUGUUAUAUCAGCGUUUGUAAUUAAUUCACUUCUUGGGUCUGUUGUAUUAUGGUACAUAGUGGAACGUACGAAACAGUGUAUGGAUUUCAGUUCUACUUGGCAUCUGAUUCAUCUAGUGAUUUGUUGGUUUUACAAUGGCCAAUUUCCAACGACCUUUUCAUGGUGGAUAUUAAAUGUUGCAUGUGCAACUAUUAUGUGCGUUUGUGCAGAAUUUUUCUGCUUAAGGACAGAACUUGCAGCUAUACCGUUAUCAUUAGGCCCUAAAACUGAUCUGUGAAUAUACAGUUCUCACUGUGAUAUACAUUUUCUUGUAGAAAUGUCAGGUUGUCAUGAUUUUACUCUUAAAGCCCAGAAAUUAUUUAUUUUAGCGAAGACAUUUGUUAGUUUGAUAAAUAUAGGGAAGUGAAUAAAA